CCUGGACACGUCGACGUUCUAUAGGAAGUGCUUUGAGGAGAGCGAGAAAGGAAAUUUCUUUUGCACUGUACAGCACGCUAAAUAUUUGGCUGCAUUUAAAAAAUGGAAACUCUUUACGGGCUUCCAUUUGCUGUGCUAGAAUGUCCAAACAUAAAACUCAAGAAGCCGUCCUGGCUCCACAUGCCGUCGGCAAUGACGGUUUAUGCUCUGGUUAUAGUGUCGUACUUUCUCAUCACUGGAGGGAUCAUCUAUGACGUCAUUGUCGAACCGCCCAGUGUCGGAUCAAUGACCGAUGAACAUGGUCACCAAAGGCCUGUAGCCUUUUUGGCGUAUAGGGUGAAUGGGCAGUACAUCAUGGAGGGUCUGGCCUCCAGCUUCCUGUUCACGAUGGGUGGGCUGGGCUUCAUAAUCCUGGACCGCUCCAACGCGCCCAACAUCCCCAAGCUGAACCGCUUCCUGCUCCUCUUCAUCGGCUUCGUCAGCGUGCUGCUCAGCUUCUUCAUGGCCCGCGUCUUCAUGAGGAUGAAGCUGCCGGGCUACCUGAUGGGAUAAAGAUGAGCGUGUGGACAGCGACAUCAGAGAAGGGGGGGGGGGGGGGGGGCAAGAGAGAGAGGGGGGGAGACCACAGUGGGCUCUGCUGCUUCCUGUACUGGCCUGAAAUGGAGACCAAGGUGCCAUUACUGCAGCAAAGCCCAGCUAGAAACAUUUCAGCACCGACCCAGCACUUGCAGACAACUUCAGGAUGUUCACGUUAUGUGUGAAAUGAAUCGUGCUGUCUUUGUUCAGAUUGUCAUUGGGGAACCACCAUUCCAGAUGUUGUGUGUAUUCCAGAUCAAAGCUAUUGAAUGGGUUUCGCUUUUUGUUCUGUUGAUUUAAAGGUUACUCACCACCCCACCCCACCCAUCCAAAAGAAAAA